AUUUCUCUGCAACACUGGAUCGCACUGCCGCCGCCGCCGACGCCUCAACUUAUCGACAGCGAUCGAUAGCCACGGCCGGCGACGCACGGCACGACUCUCUCAAUCGGUCGCGGCCACGCGCGGUCGGCGAGGCCACCGUGUACGCCGGUAAGAACACGCCGCCAAGAGGCCUAAGCUAGCAGUUGGACAAAAGCCCAAAUUAACCAUGGAGCACUCACCUUCAAACAGGAUGACCUUCCUUCUCCUUCUCCUCCUCCAACUCCUCAUUGGAUGCACACACUAUGCUCAGGCCAACCCUGGCCAUCACAUGAUCGACUCCAUCUUCAGCUUCGGCAACUCGUACUCCGACACCGGCAACUUCGUCAAGCUUGCCGCGCCGCUGCUUCCCGUCAUCCCAUUGGACAACCUCCCCUACGGCGAGACCUUCUUCGGCCACCCCGCUGGCCGUGCCUCCAAUGGCCGACUCAUCAUCGACUUCAUCGCCGGGCACUUUGGAGUCCCUUUCCUCCCCCCAUAUCUUGGCCAGGUGCAGAACUUCAGCCAUGGCGCCAACUUCGCCGUCGUCGGCGCCACGGCGCUCGACCUCGCCUUCUUCCAGAAGAACAACAUCACAAACGUUCCCCCGUUCAACAGCUCACUGAGCGUGCAGCUCGAGUGGUUCCACAAGCUCAGACCUACCUUGUGCUCGAAAACCCAAGGGUGCAAACAUUACUUCGAGAGAUCGCUCUUCUUCAUGGGAGAGUUCGGCGGGAACGACUACGUCUUCCUCUUGGCCGCCGGCAAAACCGUCGACGAAGUCAUGUCAUGCUACGUACCAAAGGUCAUCGGAGCCAUCUCUGCCGGCGUCGAGGCGGUGAUCGAGGAGGGAGCCAGGUACGUGGUGGUGCCGGGCCAGCAGCCGACGGGUUGCCUCCCGGUCGUCCUCACGCCAUACGCGAGCCCGAACGCGACGGACUACGACGCCGGCACCGGCUGCCUGUGGCGGUUCAACGAGCUCGCACGCUACCACAACGCGGCGCUGUUGGCGGCGGUGUCGCUGCUCCGGCGCAAGUACCCGUCGGCCACCAUCGUCUUUGCCGACUACUACGACCCGGUGAUCGAGUUCAUGCAGAAGCCAGACGAUUUCGCAUUCAGUGACUCGUCCAAGCUCCGGGCGUGCUGCGGCGGCGGCGGCGGACCAUACAACUACAACGCGACGGUGGCGUGCGGCCUCCCAGGCACAAGCGUGUGCCCGACCCCCAACACGUCCAUCAACUGGGACGGGAUCCACCUCACGGAGGCGGCCUACGCCCGCAUCGCCGCCUGCUGGCUGCACGGCCCGCACGCGCAUCCGCCCAUCCUGGCGGCCGUGCGCCGCCGCACGUAGACGGAUUUGAGGUUAUGUAGAAAUCCAUCUACUGAAAUGCUGAUAAUACUCUAAGCUACCCUUUGUCAACUUCACUUUAGUUUUUCACAAGCUCGUUUUGUAAACUGAUAAACGAUACGUUUUCUAAUAAAAAAUAGAAUAGGAAAGUUACUUUGAAAAGAUCAUAUUAUUUUUCAAAAAUAAGUUAAGUUAAUAUUUAAUUAAUCAUGUGUUCAUGCAUGGGUAUCACGUAAGUGGAUAUAUGGUACUUAUUGAAUCUUUUAUGGGCCUGAGUCGGUAUGUAAGAUAUAUAUAUCAUACAUUGUUUAUCGAUGCCGAUUAUAUAAUUCUUAUUAUGAUGUCGUAGUUGCUAU